GCUGGGGUGCGCGCAGCUGGCUGGCCGGCCAUGGGAGCGUCCCGCGGCCACGGGGGACUGGCGGCGCUCUGGUGCCUCGGGCUCCUGGGGGGCCUGGCGCGCGUCGCGGGCACGCACUACCGCUACCUCUGGAGGGGCUGCUACACGUGCCACCUGGGCCAGGCCGGCUACUCCGUGAGCGCCGGUGACCGGAGGCCAGAUGUAGAUGAGUGCCAAAUGCACAACGGCGGCUGUCAGCACAGAUGUGUGAACACACCAGGCUCCUAUCUCUGCGAGUGCAAGCCCGGAUUCCGGCUCCAUGCGGACGGCAGGACCUGCUUGGCCAUAACCUCCUGUGCUGUGGGCAACGGGGGCUGCCAGCAUGAGUGUGUCCAGCUCACAGUGACCCAGCACUGCUGCCAGUGCCGCCCCGAGUUCCAGCUCCAGGAGGACGGAAAGCACUGUGUCCGGAGAAAGCCUUGCGCCGACCGGAAUGGCGGCUGCAUGCACACGUGCCAGGCACGCCGUGGCCUCGCCCACUGUGAGUGCCACGCGGGCUUCCUGCUGGCGGCCGACCGCAGGUCCUGUGAAGAUGUGGACGAAUGCGCCACAGGCCAGGCCCAGUGUGCCCACGGCUGCCUCAACACCCGUGGGUCCUUCACGUGCAUCUGCCACACUGGCUACGAGCUGGGCGCUGACGGCCAGCAGUGCUACCGCAUCGAGAUGGAGAUUGUGAACAGCUGUGAGGUGAACAAUGGGGGUUGCUCACAUGGCUGCAGCCACACGAGUGCAGGGCCCCUCUGCACCUGCCCCCGGGGCUACGAGCUGGACGAGGACCAGAAGACGUGCAUCGACGUGGACGACUGUGCGGCCUCCCCGUGCUGCCAGCAGGCCUGCACCAACAGCCCCGGCGGGUACGAGUGUGGCUGCUACGCCGGCUACCGGCUCAGCACCGACGGCUGCGGGUGUGAGGACGUGGACGAAUGCGCCUCUGGCCGGGGCGGCUGUGGGCACCACUGCACCAACCUGGCGGGCUCCUUCCAGUGCUCGUGCGAGGCUGGCUUCCGGCUGGACGAGGACCGCAGGGGCUGUGCCCCCCUGGAGAUCCCCGAGGUGGACCUGGAUGGCCAGCUGCCCUUUGUGCAGCCCCUCCCACAUGUCGCGGUGCUCCAGGACGAACGGCCUCACCUCUUCCAAGACGACUAUAUCGGGGUCCAGGAGGAGGAGGCGGCGGCGGAGGCCCGGGGGGAACACACGCUGAUGGAGAAGUUUGUCUGCCUGGACGCCUCCUUUGGCCAGGACUGCAGCCUCACGUGUGACGACUGUCGGAAUGGGGGGACCUGCCUCCCGAGCCUGGACGGCUGUGACUGCCCCGAGGGCUGGACCGGCCUCAUCUGCGAUGAGGCUUGCCCUCCGGACACCUUCGGGAAGAACUGCAGCUUCUCCUGCGCCUGUCGGAACGGCGGGACCUGCAACCCCAUGACGGGCGCCUGCCGCUGCCCCCCGGGCGUCGGUGGAGCCCUCUGUGAGGACGGCUGCCCCAAGGGCUUCUACGGCAAACAUUGCCACAAGAAGUGUCACUGUGCCAACCGUGGCCGGUGCCACCGCCUAUACGGGGCCUGCCUCUGUGACCCGGGGCUCUACGGUCGCUUCUGCCACCUGGCGUGUCCGCCGUGGGCCUUCGGGCCCGGCUGCUCCGAGGAGUGCCUGUGUGAGCGGCAGAACACCCUGACCUGUGACCGGAGGGAUGGUAGCUGUUCCUGCAAGGCCGGCUUCAGGGGCGAGCGGUGUCAGGACGAAUGUGAGCCGGGCUUCUUUGGGCCCGGAUGCCGACAGGCGUGCACCUGCCCUCAGGGCGUGGCCUGUGACCCCCUCAGCGGCCAGUGUGGGGGGCCGUGUCCUGCCGGCUACCAGGGGAAGGACUGUGAUCAAGAUUGUCCCGAGGGCCGCUGGGGGCUCGGCUGCCAGGAGAUCUGCCCGGCGUGUGAGCAUGGUGCGACGUGUGAGCCUGGGACCGGAGCCUGCCUGUGUCCCCCCGGUUACGUGGGCAGCCGCUGCCAGGACCCGUGCCCCGCAGGCUGGUUUGGGCCCGGCUGCCAGACGAGGUGCUCCUGUGCCAACGAUAGGAACUGCCACCCGGAGACCGGACAUUGCAGCUGUGCCCCUGGGUGGACCGGCCUCGGCUGCCAGAGCGCCUGUGACGGCGGGCGCUGGGGACCCGAGUGCAGCCGCCCCUGCACCUGCAGCCCAGGCCACGGGAGCUGCGACGCGGUCAGCGGUCUGUGUGUGUGUGAGGCCGGCUACACGGGCCCGCGGUGCGAGCAGCGGUGUCCCCAGGGCCGCUUUGGGCCGGGCUGUGGGCGGCAGUGUCAGUGUGAGCAUGGGGCGGCCUGUGACCACGUCAGCGGGGCGUGCACCUGCCCGGCCGGCUGGAGGGGAGCCUUCUGUGAACGCGCCUGCCCGGCGGGCUUCUUCGGCCUGGAUUGCCGCGGUGUCUGUGACUGCGCCCCUGGGGCCCCCUGUGACUCUGUGAGCGGCUCCUGCCUCUGCCCUGCUGGCCGCUGGGGCCCCCGCUGUGCGCAGGCCUGCCCCGCCCCCACCUACGGACACAACUGCAGCCAGACCUGCUCCUGCUUCAACGGGGCCUCCUGUGACCCCGUCCACGGACAGUGCCGCUGCGGCCCUGGCUGGAUGGGCCCCACCUGCCUGGAGCCCUGCCCCACGGGCUUGUACGGCCCCAGCUGUGAGCACGCCUGCCUCUGCCAGCAUGGGGGCACCUGUGACCCCGUGUCAGGCCACUGCACGUGCCCAGAGGGCUGGGCUGGCCUGGCCUGCGAGCAGGGUGAGCCCGGGUCAGGCAGAGGAGGAGGCGGGACCCGGGAGCCAGGGCGGGUGCCCCAAAGCAUGCUGGCCCACCCCGCUCUCUGUGGGCAAAGAGCUUUCUUUCUGGCGGGUCUGCGAUGUGACCUCCCCCCAGGCCCCUCCCCUUCUCCAGGACGGGGCCCCAGGCUCUGGGUGCAGGAAGCACGGGUGGGGUGGGGUCUCCUGGGCCCUGGGGCAUGGGGCACUGCUGGGGUACUGUGCCCCGCAGAGUGCCUCCCCGGGCGCUUCGGAGCCGGCUGCGAGCACAGUUGCGGAUGUCUCAACGGCGGCCUCUGUGAGCGGCGCUCGGGCCGCUGCCUCUGCCCAGCCGGCUGGACCGGGGACAAGUGUCAGAGCUCCUGUGCUGAGGGUACGUUUGGGGCACACUGUGAGGAGCGCUGUGCCUGCCAGCGGGGGGCCACCUGCCACCACGUGACGGGGGCCUGCCUCUGCCCCCCAGGAUGGAGAGGCUCGCGGUGUGAGAACGCCUGCCCGCUUGGCCGGUUCGGAGAGGCCUGUGCCCAGCGCUGCCUGUGCCCGCCCGGCGCCGCCUGCCACCACGUCACCGGGGAGUGCCACUGCCCACCAGGCUCCACGGGGCCCAGCUGUGAGCAGGAAUGCCCCCCCGGGCGCUUUGGGCCUGGCUGUGAGCAGCAGUGUGAGUGUGUCCACGGGGACUCCUGCGACGCAGCCACCGGGGCCUGCCUCUGCCCUGCUGGGUUCCUGGGGGCCAACUGCAGCCUGCCCUGUCCACAGGGCCGCUUCGGCCCCAGCUGCGCCCACGUGUGCAGGUGUGGGCAGGGAGCAUUCUGUGACCCCGUGACCGGCAUCUGCACCUGCCCCCCGGGGAGGACUGGCGUCCACUGUGAGCACGGAACGGCGGUCUGUGCAACGCGACCAAUGGUCGCUGCUUCUGCGGCCUGGGCUGGACGGGGCCGCACUGUGAGCUGGCCUGCCCUCCUGGCCGCUACGGUGCCGCCUGCCGUCUGCAGUGCUCUUGCCAAAACAACGGCACGUGCGAGCCCACCACGGGCACUUGCCACUGCGGCCCCGGCUUCUACGGCCAGGCCUGCCAGCACUUCUGUCCCCCCGGCUUCCACGGGGCUGGCUGCCGGGCAGCGUGUGAGUGUCAGCACGGGGCCCCUUGCCACCCCGUCAGCGGCCAGUGUGUCUGCCCCGCCGGCUUCUACGGCCAGCUCUGUGAGAGGGGGUGCGAGCCAGGCUCUUUUGGAGAGGGCUGCCGCCAGCGCUGUGACUGCAGGGCGGGGGCACCCUGCGACCCCGUCACCGGCCAGUGCCUGUGUCCCCCGGGGCGCACAGGGGCCGCCUGUGACCUCGACUGCACAGCGGGCUUCUUCGGGCCGGGCUGUGCCCUGCGUUGCGGCUGUGGGGCUGGGGCUGCCUGCGACCCCGUCAGUGGGCUGUGCACCGUGUGAACGGCUCCCUGGGGCCCACCUGCCAGCAAGCGGCCUUACAACCAGCUUCUCACGAACCAGCACUUGGGCUCGGCAGCUGGGCAGAGAAACCCUAGCUCAGAGGCAGCCGCAAGCAGGUCCUUCUUCCAGGCGCUUCGCUGACGACUGAGGAGGGGCGCCUGGGGGCCGGCCAGGACUCCAGCCCAGACUGCCCGGCCCUGUGGCCCCGCACUGGGCAAGGAGCGGCUGGCCGCGGGGAGGGAGGCCCUGCCUGGCCUAGCUCCAAGGGGCCCAGGCGAGUGGGCCCGGCCUCGGGCUGUGUAGCACACAGCUGCGCUGGCCGCAGGUGCUGAGGAAGCCCUCCCCCUGCCCCCCAGCCACCCCCUCCAUGGCCCUGGGUCAGGACUGAGGGCAGGCAUGGCUGCAGGUGCAGGCAGGGGCCCCUGCCCUCUGAGCAGGUUUGGUGCUAGGCCCUGGGACUGCUGCGCUCAGCCCGUUUACCUGGAAUCGUGGCCCACUGUAUUUAUGGAGAAGUAUUUAUGGGCAGCCGGCCAUGCCCACUGCGCCCCUGGGCACCGACAGGCUGCCCCUCCCUGCCUGCCCCAGGAAACCCUGCUGCAGGACUUUGCCCCUCCCCCCCCUCCGCGGGGCCUCUGGGCGGCAGGCUCCAGUACAUGUGAAACCCAGAACCUUAAGAAAGAAGCUGCCGCUUCC